AUGACUGAAUCAACACUUGAUGACUCGCCCAAGGUGGACGCGUCCAUCGAUCAUCCAAUAAUCACAAUUACUCCAAUUGCCACUGAACCAACAUCCAUGGAUGUGGACAAGGACAUGGAAGUUGACAAAAAACAAGAAGAACCACAACAACAACAGGAUACUCUGAGGACCAGCUUGUUUAAACCACGCAGCAGGACACUUAGUACAAGUCACCACCCUACAACUAAGAGAGCAUUCCAAAUACCAGUUCCAGGAUUUGUGGAGAAUAGUACAAGACUGCGAUCAUAUGCCGAGAAGUUGGUACCAACAUUCCCAAGUGCACUACGUGGCCGUAUCAAUCCAUUCACAUUGGUAUUCAAACAUUUGGCCAAACCAACCGAGGCCGACCUCGAGGAAGGAUGCACGCGCACCUCCACCAAAGCCAGUGCGCGUCGCACUCGCCAAUACCUAGUGGCCCAGCGAAAGAAGUCCAACAUGACCGGGCGCUACAUGUCCAUCUCGACCCAAGAUCCAAUACUCAAUGAGUUGGUAACAGAGGGCGAGUUCGAGAGAUACUUCAAUAUGAUAUGUACAAAGAAGGUUAGGAUAUUGGUGUUGGUAGCGUUGUUGAUGGAGAUUGCAAUGUCUGUGUUCACAUUCCUCAAGCAUGGAAACUACGAGUUCACAAGAGACGCGGUCUACACAGUGGAGCUGGCACUCACUUUUGUCGUCGCAUGUAUAGUCAUUCCAUUCCCACGUACUACAUCAUACGUAGAAGUAGUAUAUCUUCAGAUAAUGCUAUUAACCAACAAUAUUACAAGGAUAUGGUAUUAUGAUGUUUACCCUCCAUACGAACCAACAUAUCAGAUAUACUUGUGGAUCAACUUUGCACUGCCUACCGCCAAGUUCUGGCGAGCCUCGAUCACGGGCACAUUUGGAAUCGUGGCCUUGGUGACGGUCCGCCUGAUACAGGGCUACAGCAAUGCGACUGAUGUUGUGUUGUCACAGGGUGGUUCAUACUUGGUCUACCUCGUAGCCGUUGCCUUUGGUUCACGAUUAUGCGAGAUCAUCAAUCGUGCGCUGUUCACUGAGUUGAUCCAGGUGUGCCCUCACCUGCCAGCCCAAAAGACAUACGCGAUCUUUGAGCGCCACUACAACAAGACCACGCACACAAUCACUCAGCGCUUCAAGGAUCCACACACUGAGGAAGAGUUCCUGCGAUACUAUGCAUCCGAGUCGAUCAUUGAGCUUGGACUGGUGAUGGCCACUCUGGCAACCACCAUCUACUACGUGCUGCAGGACCACCUCUACGCAAAGCCAGGCACUCUCUACAUCUUCCUGCUGCUGCGCAUCUGUGUGAUGGUGCCCGUCACGCUAUCACUGCUGUACUUCUCGAUCAUGCGCCGUAAGCACCCGUACCGCGCCGACCUGAUGUCGCUCGCGGCCUUUGCCGUGUUGAUUGGCGUGCAGUGCUACAUGUUCAAGUCGGUGACGUCGUGGGAGGGCAGUCUCUACUACUUUGGCGGUGUGAUGCGCGUGCUUACAUUGGGCGCGUCACAACUGUUCUUCCUGCCCAUGCUCAUUCUGCUGCCCAUCAGCUUUGCCAUCCUGCCCCUGGCCAUCAUCGAGUCGCAGAGCAUGUACACCAACUACAUCCUAUUCCUCGUCAUCCUGGUUGUUGUCCUUGGCUGCUACUCCUUGUUGCGUGAGAAGAAUCAGCGUCUUCGCUUCCUCGUCCAGAGACAUGCACGCGAUAUCCUGACGCCAGAGCUAGCACUCGAGUUGUCAGAGACUGCGACAGAGACCGCAACAACAACUGGUGUGGUGACAGCAGGCGCUACUACAGACAAGGAUGAGGUCGGUGCGAUAGAGAUGACGAUGAUCCAGGAUGCAGCGACCAAGAUUGAUGUGGUAGUGGACCAUAAUGAUGACUCGCAUGAUCCCCAGUUGAUCGUUAACAUCAUGCCAGAUGGCACGCCAAUCAAGGAGUCGACAUUGUAUGAGGAGCUGAUCCAUUCAUCCACGCCACAUACACAGUCCAAUCCAUCAACGCCACGAGGCAAGAAGAACCUGUUGGAGUAUCCAAACAACCUAAGGUCGAGCAAGGGAUGUGAAUAG